UUUUUUUUUUUUUUUUUUUCCUUGUUGUGCCCACUGAUUGCUUACUCCACCCACAACUUCAGAACCAUCACCUGCCGUUCAAAACCAACAAAACCAAAACGCAGUGUAUCAACAUCGGGGUCGGACCUGUAUCUCUGUCGGAGCAACCAGCCACUGGAAGAAAUCCAAUUCCAUUUUCCACCACCGCCAAUCUGCUGCUAUCUAAUUGUCGAAGAAAUCUCUCUUCUUACAUGGCUGGCCAAUUUGAUCCUCUAACAAUUUGAAUUAAAAAGUUCAAAAAUCCUUUGACUGGUGAAAUGAUGGCGGUUUCUUUUUCACAUUCACCGGUACCCAUUUCUCCUUCUUCUGUUAGUAGUAGACCGAUCCCACUUUGUCCCAGUACUUUUAAAGUCUCUGCUUGUAGCUUUCCGGUCUUUGUUGGCAACAUUUAUUCUGUGGAAGGUAGUCAUGUUGUGCUCUGUGGAGGAGCUGCCAAUAUCUGCCGAAGGUUCCAUGGCUUAAAGCUACGGAUACUUAGGAGCCUUAAUCUACUACAGCACAACAGAGAAUGUAGACCUGUGAAGGACUUUGGGAUUAUAAAAAAUCAAGAUAAGGAUCACUUGAGCAAUCAUUUGGAAACAACUUCAACACACGCAGGACAUGUUUCUGGAGAAGGCCUGAAGAUUAAUGCAUCCAGUGUGAGUGCAGCUUCUUCUUUAAAGUCUGCUCCGUCUUUGGCACAAGGGCAUUCCUUGAAUUUUCCCAUUGAUGAUGGUAGAGCAACAUCUCUCAGUGUUGCUGUCAUAGGAGCUACUGGUGAGUUGGCUAGGGGGAAGAUUUUCCCAGCAUUAUUUGCUCUGUAUUACAAUGGCUUUCUACCUGAGGAUCUAGCUAUCUUUGGUUAUUCAAGGAAGAAUUUGACGGAUGAAGAUCUGAGAUCCAUUAUAGCUUCAAAUUUGUCUUGCCGUAUUGAUGAUCAUCAGAACUGUGGAGACAAAAUGGAUGCCUUUCUUAGUAGGACAUACUACCUUGAUGGAGGAUUUGACAACAGAGAAGGGAUGUCAAAGCUAAAUGCUAGAAUGGAGCAGAUUGAGGGGGGACAUGAAGCAAACAGGAUUUUCUAUCUUUCUGUGCCGCAAGAAGCACUUCUUGAUGUUGCAUCUUCUGUUGCUGAUAAUGCUCAAACCUAUAGGGGCUGGAAUCGUAUAAUAAUAGAGAAACCUUUUGGGUUUAAUGCACAAUCUUCUCAACAAAUUACAAAAAAUCUUCUUUUCAAAUUUGAGGAGAAACAAUUAUACAGGAUAGAUCAUCUUUUAGGAAGAAACCUCAUUGAGAACCUUACUGUUUUGAGGUUCUCUAAUCUAGUUUUUGAGCCAUUGUGGAGUCGAACUUAUAUACGAAAUGUACAGGUUCUUUUAUCAGAAGACCUCAGUGUGCAGACUGGAAGAUAUUUUGAUGGUUAUGGGAUCAUUCGAGACAUAGUGCAUAGUCAUAUUUUCCAGACAAUAGCAUUACUUGCUAUGGAGCCUCCUAUAAGUCUUGAUGGUGAAGAUAUUCGAAAUGAGAAGGUCAAGGUUCUAAGGUCCAUUCGCAUAUUGGAUCCAAGUGAUGUCAUCCUUGGGCAAUAUAAAGCUAUCUCCGGAGACAAGGUUGAUGUAAAUUUAAACAGUUUGACCCCAACAUUUUUUGCUGCUGCAUUUUUUAUUGAUAAUGCACGUUGGGAUGGUGUGCCUUUUCUGAUAAAAACUGGCAGGGGACUCAUGAAACACAGAUUGGAGAUACGCAUACAGUUCCAUCACGUCCCUGGAAAUCUUUAUCGUGAACGCAUUGGCCAUAACAUUGAUUUAGCCACCAAUGAGCUGAUCUUGUGCGAUGCACCUGAUGAGGCCAUCCUAGUCAAAAUAAACAAUAAGAUUCCUGGACUAGGCUUGCAGUUGGAUGCUUCUGAACUUAAUUUGCUCUACAAGGACAAGUAUAACGUGGAGGUGCCUGAUUCAUACGAACAUCUUCUUCUUGAUGUCAUUGAUGGAGACAACCAUCUGUUUAUGAGAAGUGAUGAGCUUUCAGCUGCAUGGAACAUUCUAACUCCCAUUCUUCAUGAAAUAGACAAUAAAAAUAUCACACCAGAGCUUUAUGAAGUAGGAGGAAGAGGUCCAGUUGGAGCAUACUAUCUUUGGGCGAAACAUGGGGUUCGAUGGGCAGACGAUUCUUGAGGAUUUUUACCAGAGGCUGAGCCAUCUUCAAACAGGCACAAUAUAUAUACUCGGUCCGCUACCCGCACAGUAAUGAAUGAUGGAUCUGGAGAAGUUUAGAUCAUGAUUCAGGCAUCCCUAUAUGUAGGGAAUUCAAUUAGAGAUUGAAAUUUGUCAUAGGGUAAAUUCUAUCUUCCCUUGGUUACGUUGGCCAUAGUAAAGGUGUACUUGUAAGACAACAAAUUAUAUUACCUGCUUUGACUCUGCAAGUUUUCUGCUGUACUUGGUACUUUCAAAAACUUGGAUUGGAUUGUUUUCUCCCAGGUCUAGUGUUGAAGAGAUGAUAAAGUGUGCCCUGUUUUCCUC